AUAUAAAUAUUGGAACGUAUGCAAAAACAUUGCAGGUGGAUAACAGCUGAUUUUAGCGGUAAAAACAAUGACAGAUCCACGGACGCAUUGCGAAAUAUUUCGAAAGUUUCAACAGCUGUGAACUUGACAAGAGUUAAGUUUCUAAUAAAUUACAAAGAAUAACGAGGAAAAUUAAGUGAAUUAUAAGAAAAUAUGGUUUUCUUAUCGUUAAAUCUGUUGGUGAGAGCACGCGGACCCGACGAAUUCUGGCGCAAACGAAAAAUAUUUAAGCUCGCCGCUCAUUAUAUCGGUAGAAGGAGAAAUUGUUAUAGCAUUGCUAUCAGAAACGUGCAUAGAGCUCUGAUAUUUGCCACUGAUGCCAGAAAAUUGAAAAAAUGGGAUAUUAAAGAGCUGCGAGAACAGAGGUUAGAAGCUGCUACAAACGAACAUGGCAUAAAUUUCACAACUUUUAAAGAGGGAUUGAGUAGAUGUAACAUUCUACUGAAUCGAAAAGUAUUAGCUGAUUUAUCAAUUUGGGAACCUCGAUCUUUCAAAGCUCUUACAGAUAUUGCUUUCGCAAGAGCGAAGCAAGACCAUUUAAAAUAUGUUAGCAAUAAUGAAGUACCCAAGAGCGUUUUCGUAAAAGGUUUGAUUAAAUAAGUCCUUCCAAAGAUUGUAUAAAAUGACAAAGAGAUUCUUUGUUUCUAACAUUUAUUAAUAAGCUUUUACAAUGUCUCCGAAUUUUAUUUCAUUAAGUGUAUCGAUGGUACUGCAGAUAUAAAUUUGAGUUAAUAUAUUUAUAGUACUUGUAGUACUAUAAAUACAUUUAAGAAUCAUGUGUACAAUGAUAAUCAACAACGAUGUAAUGUAAUCUUUCAUAAUAUUGUGCAGCUACAUCGCAAACAGAUUAGAGAUUGAAAAUAUAUAAUAAAUAUGGAUAUGACUCUUA